AUGCCUUAUGGGCUCUUGCUCAUCUUCUUCUCUAUCCCCAAACCCCAAACCCUCAAUAAAAACCCACCAAAACCUCUCGCUCCAUCCUCCAUUUCCUCCCAUCUCUCAACCACGGAUGAUAAUGAUGAAAACGAUAAAACCCAGAAACCCAAUUUCGAUUUCCUCAAACUUUAUGUAACUCUCACUGUAAUCUCCACCGCUCUCCCCCAAAUCCCAACCGGCAUAGCCACCGUCAAAGAGAAAAAGCGAGUGCCCAAGAAGUCCACGCUCAAAAAAUCUGAAGCUUUAUCUCAUCAAGAGCUCGAGUCUUGGUCCCAAGGCCUCCCCAUCAUCUCCAAUCGAAUUCCGUACACCCUAGCUCUUGAUAUUGAACCAGGAAGAUAA